CCGAUUCUGGAAAGACGGUCUACGACGUGAUGAACUCGACGACCCUGGAGGUGGCGGGCGUGGAGCUCAUCACCUACACCACCCACUUCAAGGCGCUGCGAUGGACGGGACCACUGCACGGAGAGUGGCGCCUGGACGCUUCCACACUCAACAAUCUCACCGUCACAGUCCUCGCCACCUCCUCCCUCGACUUCUCGCCUCCUUCUCCCUGCUGGAUGCCACGCCGCCCCACCCGCACUACAGACCCACGGAAGGCCAGCCGCUUAUAAACAUGCCUUACUACCUCGAGGUGACACUGGUGGGACAUCUUGAGAGCAAAGUGGCCAUGGUGUCCGGUGUCCAGUUCAUUGAUAAGGAAGGUGAUGUGCUGCGAGAGAUCGAUUACGUUCCGCCAGUGAAGGACCAAGCCUACAUGUGGACCUCCCCGCUUCCCGACCACCCCUUCUACGUGAGGAUUCUCGGCUACCUCGUCUCAGGCAACCCAUGGGCAAGACAGAUGCCUGUGGAGGUGUGGCCUGUGGAGACUUUGGUAGAACUCUUCUCCACCACGGACGACCUGUCAGCACCGCCUGGAGGAAGAGCCACAGCCAAGUUCAUGGUGGUGAACUAUGGGUUGGAAAGUAACUUCGAUAUCACUGUCACUGACGACCUUAAUUUCCUGGACACCAUCAAUCCUAAGAGGGUCUUCCUCGCCAACAACCAGACAGCUCUAGUGGAGGUGAGCUUCCAGGUACCUCCGACGGCUACCCACGGCCAGGUGAGCACUGUACUGGUCACCGCCCGCAGCCAGGUGCAGAAACUCUCCUACAACACUGCACUCACACACUUCUUCGUCCUUCCCACGCUAUUGGACACUGACUCCCCCACCUGCGUGCUGGACCACAUGCCGAGCUGCGCAGGGUUCACAAACAACGGCCUGUGCUCAACCAAAAACUGGAAUGUGACAGCCACCCUGCAGGACCAUGGCUCAGGACUGUACUUGGUGACCGCUGUACCUGAUGAACAUAACAUGAUAGUCCCGAACUUCCCGCCGGGCACUACCUCUGAGGUGUACAUGCAGUACCAGACCGACUGUUGCACCACGCAUGUCCAGAUUCGAGGCGUGGAUGCCCUUGGCAACGUUGGCGACUGUGACGAGAUUGACAUGGGCAAGCUGGGAGGUCUCAUUUACUACCUCGAGGUGGAGAUGGCUGGAAACACGUGGCUGGCGGUGCGUUGGAACAUCAGCAACAGCAGCGUCCCAGUGUCCCAUUAUAAUCUGUGGCUCGACGGUCAGUUCCUGCACCAGAUUCCCUGUCAUGAGGACUCGUGCGCUGAUCACAUUAAUUACCUGGAGCCUUGCACGAAACAUAACUUCACCGUGAAUCCCGUUUUCUACUACUUGGGUGGGACAGUGGAGGGCAUGGGGCGCUCCACUACUGGCACCACGAUGGAGGAAGUACCGGAGACUCCAAUUAGCGGCCGUGAGAUAGAUGCCACAGAGACCUCCGUCACUAUCGCCUGGGAAUCUGCUAACCCAGACUGCAGCUUCAAAUACGAGGUGUGCACACAUGAGGUGAACACAAGCCCGAGUACUGCGGUGUGUCACGAAACCUUCGACACCUACACGACGAUCGCAGGGCUGGAGGAAUGUCGUGCAUACAACAGCGACGUUCGAGCUCUCUCCCACGCUUACAACACCAGCAGUCCCCUCACCUUCUACUCCGUCACCCUCUGCGUGGACAUUCCCUGAGCCUUGGCCUGCGAUACCUUUAUACUUCCUCUCCCUCUACCCAUAAGCUCUUCCUUUUUUUUCUAUAAGACAAAUCUGGGGAUACAAAAGCUUAAAAAGAAUUAAUGAAAAAGUCACACUGAAGACAUCAGUCAUCAAAGAGUAGAGAUGAAAGGAUUAUCAAAAUUAGAAAAGUGUCUUGUAACCUCCCUCUUGAUGAGUUGAAAUUAUAAGUAGACGGGGAAUGCAGAAGCAGGUAGGGUGUUCCAGGGUUUACCAAUGAAAUUAAUGAAAGACUGCGAAUACUGGUUAACUCUUGCAUCAAGGAAGUUGAUGCAAUUUGGGAUGAGAGAAAGUUAUAUAUAUAUAUAUAUAUAUAUAUAUAUAUAUAUAUAUAUAUAUAUAUAUAUAUAUAUAUAUAUAUAUAUAUAUAUAAUUGAAGCAGCCUUUGUUUUCAUUAUUGUCUACGUUGCUUACAUCCAUCCGUACUUUGUUGUUCUUCUCAUACAUCAUCGUUUUGAUUACUGCAAGUGUUGUUUUUAUGGUGGUGGUGACCUCGCUGCUCACGGCGGCUGUGAUGUCUAGGGUGUUCUUGCAAUUGUUAAGGCUGGAUCUGAGGAUAUUGCUCUCUGAAUACUGUCCGCACUGAUGUAUGCAGUGCAAUACACUUAGUACAGUGUGUGAAGAGUGACUGACCUAACUGUUUGUGACUCACGCAUCACUGGCCAAUCUUGUUUACUCUCCGAUGGCCCGUCUAUAGGGUCAGCUCCUCUUGUUUGUUGUUGUCGUUGUUGUUGUUGUUGUUGUUGUUGUUGUCGUUGUUGUUGUUGUUGUUGUCGUUGUUGUUGUUGUUGUUGUUAUUCAUGAUUUAAUGUUAUAUAUUAGACACAUACCGCAGAAGGAGCCUUGCAAUUAAAAUAAAAUAAUAACCUAA